CACACACUGAGGCAGAAACGACCACGUUCAAUGUUUCUCCACAGAGCUGACUUAAGACCUCGUUCCCGAACGAAAUAUCGUGAUUCUGACUAAAAGAAAGUUGGUUUCCUUUGUCGGAAAGGUGGGAAACCAUCACAACCCCGACCAUGAUCAACACCAUGGAGUGUGCAGUGGAUGCACAAACUCUCAUUUCGAUAUCUUUACGGAAAAUCCACAACUCGCGUACGCAGAGAGGUGGAAUCAAGCUGCACAAAAAUCUGCUGGUCUCCUAUGUGCUGAGGAACGCUAGGCAGGUCUACAUGAACGAGAAGUACGCCGAGAUCUACAGGAUGCAACAGUACGAGGAGGUGAUGACCGUCUGCAACGAGAUCCAGGAGCUAAACCCGCUCGAUUUGGUGGAGGACUGCGAGGAGCAGACGCUGGACUGCUGCGGCAGCGCGAACGAGUCACCGGGUCUCUGCGGCGCGCUCUUGCCCGUCAGUCACCAAGCUGCCCCGGCGCAGCACAUCCAGCCUAGCAGCGCCUGCUCGGUGCCCAUACCUCUCCAAAACGAAGAGGUCUGCAAAGCUCCGGAUCCCUCGUUCUACCGAAGCUGUUGUGCGGAAGCCUAUCCCGUGUCUAACUGUGACUUUUCGCCAAUAAGCAGCAUGCACUGCAACAAAACUACAGUGCUAGAUUUGGACACGCAUGUCGUUACCACAGUAGAGAACGGGUAUUUGCAUCAGGAUUGCUGCGCGUCGCUCCAACCGUGCAGCCAGGGCGCACAUAGCUCUGCCAAAAAGCGCAAGCUUGACUUUGGUUACUACGUGUCUGAAAUCGAGGAGGUACCGGAUUUUACGCCGUGCAAGAGAGCGAAAUUCGAGGACUCAUACGCAAACAUGGAGCCCUUGGACACCUCGAACAUUUCCAAUCUCAUCUCUAUCUUCGGCUCGGGGUUUACGGGACUGGUUAGCCGACAAGCGGACUUGGAGCAAGCCUUAAACGGACAAUUCUGUAGCAAACAAGCCCUGGCGAGUUUAGGGGCUUGGACGAGAGCUAUUGUAGCGUGUUGACUCUGUGGUUAACGAGAAUGCAGAUACUUUAUGAAAUUGUACAAAGUCUAAGACAAAUUGACUUGUAUUUUUGCAACAAAGUUAUUUAAGCGUUUUUAUUUGGUUGUUUUUUUUUUUUAGUUUCAUUUUAAUGGGGGGCGGGGUGUGGUUGUAGCCUACCACUUGUAUCCUUUAAAGCAAAUGGCAAUGUUGCAAACGUUUUAAAAGGUUUAAAUAAUCUAACGAAGUUGAAUUUCGUUGCCUUAAACCCAACGCAGACUGCUAGCUAUGGCCACAAACACGGGAUGUCUUUGAAUGUUUUGCUCGUGGAUUGUUUCUUUUUUCACCCUUUCACAGUAUUCUCUCCAGAGAUGUAUUGUAAAAAAUAACAUUACCCAUGUAAUGUUGGCAAUAACAGCCUACCAUUGCACGCUGCUCUCAGACGGUAGAUAUAACACGUUAAGUAGCUGUGUAAUAAUAUUUUUAAACAUUUAAAUGUAUCAACUAGCAGUUUAUGUAGAAAGGGCGACAACAACAAGACUAGCCGAGAGCUCGUGCUUACGGUAGAUCUACAGGAAGAGGACUGACUCACACGGACUACAACUGCAAUGUCAUACAAGGCAAUCAAGUAGGCUAAUGAAGGUGCAAUAUUUUAACCCCCUCCCUGUCUAGUUUGUUGUUUUCUGUACUAUGAACUAUUUGUUGGAGAAAGUGGCGAGGACUGGUGCGUUUUGUUGACUGCACUGACCUACAGCUCCAGUUCCUCAGAGUAUGUCUGUAGUUCGCCUAUGCCAGUCACCUCAUCACAAUGAACGUUUGGGCCAUCAAUUAACACUACAACUCCCAUAAUGCACGCUGUAAUUGAAACGCCAGGUAUUUUUGUUGACUAUUGAGUCUACAGCGUUAACCAUUUUCCGCCCCCUUACACUCAGAAAAGUUUAAGCCUUCACAGUAAUUCAUGAUGCCAGCAUUUGCUUGGUUUUGUGGGUUUUAUUUUAUUUUCUACAAACUUAGACCUUUUGUUCUAAAAAGGCAAUCUCAUAAAUUAGCCAUACGUCCUCACAUUAUAUACGCACUAUGUGUACUGAAUUAAAGACGUUUCAGACGUAUUCUCCAUAUUUUGUUGGUAUUCUUGUAAUUUUGUGCAUAUUAAAUUGUAUAUCACCGGGUAAAACUGUUUUAGAAAGUAUUUGUUUAAAAUUUAUAACCUUAAUAAAAAA